GUACCUUCGAUCCUCCUGCGGCUCCGUUAAAUCUCUCUCGCAGAUUCACGCAGAGCAGAGAGACCAAAGAGAGAGGGAGGAGGAGGAGACUGGUGAAUUGGGUGUGGCUUUAAAUAAAUAUGAUUCAAAACCCAUCUUGAAUUGCUUGACAUCUCUUUGCGACGCAACCGGAAAUACUGAAGUUCCUCAGCCUUAGCUUUCACAAUGAGUGCAGGUGGUGCCUUUGGUGGUAAUAGGGGACUGAGCCCGGUUCCUCCAGAGAAAGGUGUCUUCCCUUUGGAUCAUAUGCAUUUGUGUGACCUGGACAAAAAAGAAUACCUCAGUUGUCUCAAAACUUCGGGCCACCAAUCUGAAAAAUGUAGGCUCUUCUCGAAAAAGUACCUGGAGUGCCGCAUGGAAAAGAACUUGAUGGCCAAACAAGACAUGUCAGAACUUGGGUUUGUUAAGGAAAGUAACUUGGAGGCUUCUGGAGAGAAGGUUACUGAGAGGAUUGGUAAUUGAGGUAGAUGAUUAGUUGGAAGACCACAGUAGUUGGGAAAGCUUUACUGAAAGGGCUGGCUGAAUGUUCAUCUGUUUGGGACUUUCCCCACUGAGUGUUGUCAUUGAAUUAUUUGUAAAGGAAUCUAAAAUUUAGUGUUUCUUUCAAAAAUGUCAAUGAUUUAUUUGUAUUAGACUUAUACUUAUAGAAGCCAAUAAAACUAAUUUUUUAAGUUGAA